AUGGAGGAGGAGACUCUGAAGACCGUCUGCUACGGUGGCAACACAGGGUCAAGUACCCACAUUCGACAACCCUUUUUGGAAAGAACAGCUGGACACGACAGUGCUUCAACCUUCAGAGGAGAGAAGGAUGGGGCCAACUUCGUCGACAAGAGUCUCCGCACUCCACAAGAGUGUCCUAUAGUGGAGACUCUCUUUUGUAAGAUUGGCUGCCCCUUUUCGCAAAUCUAA